AUGAAGUUCACAUUGAGCAUUUUUGUAGCUUUGAUGAUGGCCAUUUCGGUUCAUAGUGAUGAUAAAUCAUCACCAUUUACAUGCACGAAGGAAAAGGACAAGCCAGAGGCGACUUGCGCGUUGAGCAAAAAGGAUAAAUCCGGUACUUUGACCUAUUUUGUUACGCUCGCCUCCCUUGCUGAUGACAAGUAUUCCUGCAAGGAUGCGGUAGUCCAAGGCGAACCUGCAAAAGAUCCUGCUUGUUGUGUCAAGGGUACUGGAGAUCCUACACCCCCGACUGAUGCAAACAAAAAACCAGAUCCAGGUUCAAGUCCACCAGCGGGAAUAAGCCAAGAGGAAUACGCGAAAAAGUGUGGGGAUACUGACCCUAAAACUACUGGUGGAAAUGACCCACAGUGA